UAAAAAAUAAAAAAAAAAUGCGUUUCCGGUACCGAAGUUGAGUUGCUACUAUCACAGCUUAGCUAUCCGUCUCUGCUCAAAAACCCUAACCCUCUUUGCUCCGGCGCGCCAAGCAAAUCAGAAACUCUUUCUCUCUAGAAACACGAACCCUAGGCGUUGCAAUCCACCGGGAAGCAGCAGCAACUAUGGCUUCCCACACGCCGAACCUAGAGUGCCGGAUGUACGAAGCGCGGUACCCGGAUGUUGACAUGGCGGUGAUGAUCCAGGUGAAGAACAUCGCCGACAUGGGCGCCUACGUCUCUCUCCUCGAGUACAACAACAUCGAGGGCAUGAUUCUCUUCUCCGAGCUCUCCCGCCGCCGGAUUCGGAGUGUCAGCAGCCUCAUCAAGGUUGGACGCAUCGAGCCCGUCAUGGUCCUCAGGGUCGACAAGGAGAAGGGCUACAUCGAUUUGAGCAAGCGGAGGGUUUCAGAGGAGGAUAUUCAGGCCUGCGAGGAGAGGUACAACAAGAGCAAGCUCGUCCACUCCAUCAUGCGCCACGUCGCCGAGACUUUGGGGAUUGAUUUGGAGGACUUGUAUGUCAAUAUUGGCUGGCCGUUAUACCGGAAGUAUGGUCAUGCUUUUGAGGCUUUCAAAAUAGUUGUGACUGAUCCUGAUUCAGUUCUUAGCACCCUCACAUGUGAGGUCAAGGAGGCUGGCCCUGAUGGACAGGAGGUCACUAAGGUUGUUCCUGCUGUGUCAGAGGAAGUUAAAGAAUCUCUGGUGAAGAAUAUUAGGAGAAGAAUGACCCCACAACCAUUGAAGAUCCGUGCUGAUAUUGAAAUGAAAUGCUUCCAAUUUGAUGGUGUUCUUCACAUUAAGGAUGCCAUGAGGAAAGCAGAAGCUGCGGGUAAUAAUGACUGUCCUGUGAAAAUUAAACUGGUUGCUCCUCCACUUUAUGUUCUUACCACGCAGACUCUUGAUAAGGAGCAAGGGAUAUCAGUUCUGAGCAAUGCAAUUGUAGCGUGCACGCAAGAAAUUGAACAUCACAAGGGGAAACUAGCAGUGAAGGAAGCACCCAGAGUGGUGAGUGAACGGGAUGAUAAACUACUUGCCGAGCACAUGAUUAAGCUUCGCCAGGAGAAUGAGGAGGUUAGUGGUGAUGAAGGUAGCGAGGAGGAAGAAGACACCGGAAUGGGAGAAGUUAACGUUGACGCAGGUCCCGGCAUAGUAGAUUGAGAAAAAAUGUGGAUUAGAGAUGGUGGCAUAACAGUUUCCAUCAAGCAAGUUCGUUUUUUGAUUAUUUUGUACUCUAGCUUUAUUAACAUUUGUAUAAAACCGAUUUCGACGUAUUGUAUCAUUCAGGUAUUUCGGCAAUUUACCAAACUGAGCCGAAUUUUUGGUGGAGGAAUGCAGAUACAUGACACCUUUAAUUUUUA